UUGUGGAUAGUCGAGGUACCCUUAAAUCGCGUGUGUGUGUGUGUGUGUGUAGUCUGAAGUGUCAAAUAGGGACUGGUUUGUGUAGUCGUGGUAGAGGAUUUUUCCUAGCGUCAUUCAAGAUGGCAGAUUCAGCGUUGGAAUCAGCAAAGAUUGUGACUCUUUCGUAUCAAUCCAAAGUUAAAGACAACGAUGUAAACGAUAGUUCUUCUACUACUAACGUGAAAACCCCUGCUUGUGGCAGCUUGCAUCCAUCGUCACCCAGUCGAAUAAUGGAUGGUGUGGCAACGGGCAACGUGCCGUUAGACAACCAAGCGGCCUCUACAACAAAGAAAACAGCGGAUUCUGACAAGAAGAAAAAGAGUAAGAUGGCCGAUGAGGCUAGAAGCAAUUCACGGGCGUAUGAAGCAAUCCGACUGACUAGUGGUGGUGAAACUCGAGAAAUGUCUGUUAACGAACAUUUUGAUGGUCAACAACGUCGGUCACUCAUAACAUCGGCUCUCGUCAAUGAUGAAAAGAAACGUCGGCGCUCAGAUAGAUACGACAGUUCAGAAAGUUCAGACAGUGGAGUGGCAUCUCUGACUUGCUCUGACGCGUCUUCUUGGAGUAGCAGCAGUGACAUCACAGAACCAGUUUCGCCCGCUUCACCCUCUUCAUCGCAAUCAAGCCCAAUCAGUCCAACAUUGCUGGACAAUAGUGCUACCAACCAUUGUUUAGCAAUCAAUUCGACCCGAAAAGAACAAAAAACCGAUUCAAAAAAGAAAUGUCGUCUCAACGGUGUUCACGAUAAGCAGUUAGGGAGCACCUCUGUGUCGGUAUUGUCGCCAUUUCCCUGUAUCACUAGCCAAAAGAGGUGUCGCCGACAUAGCGAUUCUACGUCGACAGAAAUGUCUCGUUAUCACAAGUCAGAUGGCCCUUAUGCCCAAGAGCGUGGCAAGCGUGCCCGUCAUUCAUCUGGAGAAUCAAUUUCCAACUGCAACUCAUUUGCAAAUAUCAAAGAGAGACCCAGUACAGACGUAGGCGACUUGGCAGCUAAACAGAAAUGGUUCGCUUUACUAUGGAGGAAAAAUGGAAGCAAUGCUUUAAGUGAAGAGAAAAAUCAAAGUUUUAAGCAACUGAAUUCGUCUAAUCAGCGCCAAUCCUGGCCACUAGCUAAACACCUUCAACAGAAAAGUGGCCAGUUGAAGAUCACGGAAUUCUUCUCAUCUCAAGUGAAACAGCAUUGGAAUUAUACUAGGUUUUCAGAUGUAGAUAACAAGGACGUCAAACUUCCAAUUUGUCUCAGCAAUUCCAAUUGGCGUCUACCAGCAUCACGAGUAGCCAUCGUUUCUGUUGCACAGGUGGACCACCACAGUGACGACGUUUCUUUCAACCCGCGGUCUCUCCCGGAAAAUACAGGAUUUGAAAGGUCGGUGCCUGCCACUAGACCCUCCCCUGAUUGCGGUUUCCCCGCUAAGGCCCCUGGGCCUGUUCCGAUUCGUUUCCCGAUCGAUCAGGUCACUUCGUGCCAUAAAAACGGUCUCUCACUGCCUAUUGGUGUAAGUGUAUUGCAGUGUCUUUGGCAGCACUGUAAAUCCAGACUGACGUCAGGCCAAUCGCUUCUCGAGCACAUUCAAAAUGUUCACGUUGUUUCUCAAUCUGCAAGACCAGUUUCAUUGUCGUUAUUGUCUGGCUCUGAUGCUGCUGCAGAAACUGCUGGUGGUGUUACAAGUUGCGAUGAACUGUAUUCUUGCCAAUGGGAAGGCUGCAAAGUUCAGGGCAGAACUUCUUCGUCGAGAGCAUGGCUUGAAAGGCAUGUCCUGUUGCACGGAGGUCACAAGCCAUUUCGCUGUAUCGUUGAUUUAUGUGAGCAACGGUUUAAUUCACAGGCUGCUCUUCAACGUCACGUCAAUGCACAUUUCAACCAGGAAGCUGGUCAAAGCAGUAAUGGUCAUGGUAUCAAACGUGAUAGUGCCCCAGCUAAAAUUAUGCGUCGCAAUUCUAAGAAGCUCAAACACCGUCGAAAUAAAGUUGCACCAGCUCGUUUGUUCGACUUUUUCGACUCCGGAGUUAUGGAACGCUUACGUCAUCAGUUGAUAAAUUCCCAAGUGACCCAAAAUCGAGUUGGUGUUUCUUGUAUAACCAAUGAUCUCAUUGUUCGCAGCCAGAUAAUUGCCCGACGCUUGGAUGCAAAUGGAAAAUCAAGAGUUCUCUUACGAUGGAUUCCCGAAGAUGUGUUACCUGAUCAAUGGGUGCUGGAAGAAGAAGUGGUUACGCAGAAAACGGUUGCUGUGCGCAACCUAAGUAGCGCUGUUCAGAUAGAAUUGCAGAAAUUGUUGAUCCGACCAGCAAUAUCAAAAGAAAAUGAAUCGAAACACCGUCGCAAAAGAUAGUCUGUUUUUCUUUUUCUUACUUCAUGUCAACUCAAGCGCUUUUUCUUGUACUAUAUCUUCGUUUCCCCCCCGAGAGAUGAAUGUGUCCGAUUUUGAAGCUACCGUUAUUAUGUAUCUGACUUAUCUGGGUAUUACUUUUUGUUUCACUGACGUUGACGUCCCCUCAAAUGACAAAAGACAUCCAAAAUUUUCCGAAGCGUCGCAGCUUGCACACUCUAAUGCUAAUUUUGAGGAGCCUUUUUCCGAUAAAGAUAAUAAGGGAAAACAGGGUUAUUCCAGCCUUUCUGCCUUCAUUUAUUUAUCGCGGAUCUAAAAUUCGCCUACAUCGUCGAUUGAUCAUUUUGGCGAAUUUUUCCUCAUCGGCGUUCUUUUUCUUCCAAUAUCACACACGCCCACGAUUGACUGAACUUUAUCUUAAAUUUGGCGAUUGUUGGAUUUUCGAGAGUGCAUGUACAAUCUUCUGCCUAUCCGUAUUCGUUAAAUUUCCGGCUUUUAGAAGCAAAUACUUCCAUCAAUUUUUUUUUUUUUUUUCGUAACCUAGUCAAUUCAAUCUUAAAACAACUAGAUGCGUUUAGAAUGUGUGUGAAGAAAAUCGUUGGGGAAGUUACUCGACGAAAUAAUAUCCUUGACUCUCGGAUUUGUGUUCAUGUGUUAGUCUUUAAAAGGGAGACUUAUUUUUUUAAAGCAUUUUUUCGUGUAUUUUUCUUAACUUUAUUUUUACUGCCAAUUCUCGCGUUUAUUUCAGGAAGAUUCACUUUUCGAAAUAUUAAUUUGUUUCCAGAAAGUGUGGAAAAGAAAACCUAUUGUACAGCAAAUUGGACGCAAUGUACAAAAAUGAUUUAGCGCGUUUUCCCCACCUCACUUGAUGAUGAUUGAUUUAUUUUUUUCUGGCGUGUGCCUCACAUCGUUUUGCUCACCAUUUGUCUAAUAAAAAUAACUAUGGGAAGUUAUGUGAAAGAAAUGUUUGGCAGAAAUAAUUAGCCAAGGAUAACUUCUAUGUGGUGCUCGAGCAAUUGACUGUAAUGACUGGGUCGUAAUUAUUGUGUUUUCAAUGAACUGUCAUGUGAUCUCAAAAAUUCGCCGUUUUUUCCGCCUUUGUAAUUGUGAAAUUUGUUGAAAAACGACUAAUUUUAACAGGACCGAAUGACUUUCAUAGUAGGAAUGAAGAAUUAUUAUGAUGAUGCGUGAUGAAGGUUUGCCGUAUUAGUUCUUUUGGUUUGACAUGUAAAAUAGACUACCUCAUUUGAGCACUGCCAACUAUGUACUUUCGCCUCGUACUGCGUACAUACUCGAUUGAUUUACAAGCAAGGAAAUAAAUUCAAAAGGAAAAUCA